GAGCAGCCGCCCACCCUGCCGCCAUGUCUCUGACCAAGACUGAGAGGACCAUCAUUGUGUCCAUGUGGGCCAAGAUCUCCACGCAGGCCGACACCAUCGGCACCGAGACGCUGGAGAGGCUCUUCCUCAGCUACCCGCAGACCAAGACCUACUUCCCGCACUUCGACCUGCACCCGGGGUCGGCGCAGCUGCGCGCGCACGGCUCCAAGGUGGUGGCCGCCGUGGGCGACGCGGUGAAGAGCAUCGACAACAUCGGCGCCGCCCUGUCCAAGCUGAGCGAGCUGCACGCCUACAUCCUGCGCGUGGACCCGGUCAACUUCAAGCUCCUGUCCCACUGCCUGCUGGUCACCCUGGCCGCGCGCUUCCCCGCCGACUUCACGGCCGAGGCCCACGCCGCCUGGGACAAGUUCCUGUCGGUCGUAUCCUCUGUCCUAACCGAGAAGUACCGCUGAGCGCCGCCUCCGCCACCGCCAGGACCGGCUGCGGCCCCUCCCCUGCCCUCGAGAUUUCGCAGCCCCACUUACCAAUGAACCAAUAAACGAAUGAACGAA